UGGUUACUACUCUUGAUGAAAGAUCGGCAUAAACCUAGCGGCUAGCGUGCUACAACUUUUUUUUUUUGUCCGUUUUCCGGUAUAUCAUAGAAGUAAUUAAGCACGAUAUAACACAUGGACUUGCCCAGCCCGGCUCUAUUGGCCACCUGAUUUCGGCGCGUGACCCAACAAAUCCUCAUCUUAUUAGACGAAUUCAAGCUCCGUAACAUAAUUAUUAAUGAUGGCUUUGACUCUUGAUUUUCAGCCAGAUUGAGUAACUCACAAAAUACCCUUUGUCAAAUUUACUUGUCUUACACCCCUAAUCAAUUGGAUUGAUCAUUAUUACCUCUUUCCAUUUCACAAUUCUUUUAUUUAAUUUCUUCCAUCAAAUCCUUAAUUCUCCAUAUUCCCACAUCAAUUCUUCAAAUUCCGCAAUCUGAGCUGUUAAAUUUUGACUCCCUUCUCUGUUUUUGUUCUCUGACCCCUCAAAUUUGCUGAAUUUUCCCCAUUUUCAAUUUUUUUUUUUCUGGAUUGAUGAUUGAAAUUGUAUUAAGAUGUAAUUAAUUUUAAUGGGUAUUUGAGAAAUUGUUUGAUUUUAGUUGGAAAAGAAAGAAAAAUGAAGGAUUUUGCAGGAACACCAGGAACUAUAACUGGGCUUUUUUUAAGGAUUGCUCAAUUUAUGUUUGCUGCAGGUGCCAUUGCUUCUAUGGCAUCCACUUCUAGCUUCUUCAAUUUCACUGCUUUCUGCUAUCUCAUAGCUUCUAUGGGUUUGCAAGUAAUCUGGAGCUUAAGCCUCGCGUUGAUGGAUGCCUAUGCCCUUGCAAAGAAAAUAGUGAUUCAUAAUCAUAUCCUUGUCAGCCUUUUUGUAAUCGGAGAUUGGGUAACAACUACACUGUCUCUUGCAGCAGCUUCUGCAUCUGCAGGAAUUACAGUCCUGUACUUCCAUGACAUCGGAGGCUGUACUGUUGUGGCAGAAUGCUUCAAAUACCAGAUAGCAGUUGCUUUUGCCUUUCUAAGUUGGCUUACAGUGUUCAUCUCGUCUCUCAUCAUGUUUUGGCUUCUAGCAGCAAGCUAGCGAAUCUUCUUGCUUCGGAUCCAUUACCAUGAAAUGGAGCAUAGAUUACAAUGUAUAUAGAAACAAGAUGAGAUCUAAGUAUAGAGAGAUUAUUGGUUCUCAUUGUUAAUUUUUUUUUCCCCUUAUCAGAUCAUUUUUGUAUAUUUGUGAAGUGUGUAUAGCUCGUCAAUUGAUCACACCUGUAAUCCAGAAUGAUGUACCCAUGGUAUUACCCAAUUUUGAGAAGUUGAAUGUAACUUUUCGCUUCGAAAUUGUUCGUAUCUAAACAAAAUAUCCCGAUGAGAUCAA